ACAUCGUCCUGCGAAGGGGACGCAAAACGUGUCACACGAUAUACAUUUUGUGUACAUAGCCUGCGGUACGAUCUAAGGGUCUUUUCCUGAUCGUCCGCUCUGAUGCGCAACUUCCUUCUGGAUACCACGCGUGUAAAUGGACCAUAUCACUUCCUCUCUGAUAAGUGUUUACCACUGAAAGUAAUGGGUUCAGAUUGAGGAAAACAUGAUUUGUAAUCGGCACCAGACGGAGCUGAACUAAACAUAGUCACCUUUUGUUAAAAUUCACUAUUUAUUUCAUAUUUGAAUGAAUAUUCUAAAAGUGUUGAACGCAAAAUCGUAAGUUGAACAUACUUUCUCAUAGUAUUUUAUUCUUUGUAUUAGAACAUCGACUACCUCUACCAUUUAAACCUGAGCUGGGUAAGUAAUGUCUGCAAUGGACAUAGUCAACACUUUUAUAGCGACCAUUAAAGUUUUAAUUAAAUAAAUAUAAUCGUACACGUGAUAAAUUUCACUCACUUGCUCACCCAGUAGCGGAUGUGAAAUCGGCAAGAAUUAUUCCAUCAUACCGCUACAAUGUUUUAAACGGGGCUCAAUUUUAUUUUAUUUUUGAUUACUGUUUAUUAACUUGUUGUUUUUUGUGUGUUUUUUUUUUUUACUGUUUAUCCGAGCCUAUCGAUAAUGCUGGUGUACAGUGGUCAUAAAAAGGGUCUGACCCUGGGCAGCGUUCAUAAAAUAUCAAGUUAUUCUCACUAUUUUCUUCAUCGAACCACCAGCAUCGUCUGGUAACUAAGAGUUGAAAUCAGACGAGCCAGAAGAAACUGCCUGGUUAGAAGAUUUGGCCUCAUUUUUUGUUUUGUUGUUUUUAUAAAAGUAUGUUUUAGGGUUUAUUUAAUUUGCUUUUUCAUUCAUCCUUUACCUAACAGGUCGAAACUUUUUUUUUUUUUCUAAAGAAAACCGGAAAUGUACUUAACCAGUGCGAUGCUUCUUGUUGUCUACUUAACCACAAGUCACCAACAGGGGCUGGACAAUUUUAUGACCUCCGUUGAGCCAUCAGAAACCGGCACGUCAGACUCGGAUACAACUUUAGGGUAAAAAUGUAGCACCUAUCUUUCCUAAUAAAAAAAAAAUUAAUCUAAUAUGAUUUUGAAAUUUAUGUUUUAUAAGUCUAGCUUUGUUAUGAUAUGAUUUAAACAUUCAAAAUUAAAUAAAAAUGAAUUUUUUAAAAAAGGAUUCCUUUUAAAAAUUAAAAUAAUAAUUGCAGAGUGGGAAGUUGAAAAUUGUUCUACCCCUCCCCUCCCCCCGUUCUUUUCAAUUCCCCCCCCCACCCACCCACCCCUUCCCCGCAUACUGGGAAUAAGAGGAAAAAAAAACAACAAAGCGCGCAUUCAACUUUCAGACAGGUUAAAGUUCUUACAUUGAUAUUUCAAAUAUUUAUUUUACUGACUUUGUUUGUCACGAAGCAGGCUUUUCGUCGAUAUGUUUGGUGUUCUAUUCUGUCCGUUGUCAGGUUUCUUAUGUCCCCUUUCUAUACUUGAACAAAUCUCCCCUUUACAAUCGCCUUGACCACACACACACAUAUUUUUUCUUCUAAAAGUCGCUAUAAGCUAACAAGCGAUUACAAAUUCGACAGUAUUGGUAAAAGAAAAAAUAUACAUCCAAGUUGUUUAAAUGUUGUAUUAACAGUUAAAUUUGGUGUGCCAAUAAAAAAAAAAAGAGUUUUUAGCAUUUUGAUUAACCAAUUUAAUGGCGUAUGACAGUAUCAUCGGCAUGUUAAAAUUAGUUGUGCAGUUUUAGAUGCAAGACUUGUCAAAAUCAAGUGUAGCAUGUAAAAUAAAUUGAUGCAAUUGCGUCGGAAAGGAACAUGGCGAAGUUUGUACGACUAGUAAUGCAUUUUUGUUUAUUUAUUACAACAUUUUCGAAAAGCAGAAACACAUAUUUUGGUCGCCAUGGAAGGGAGGUGGAAAAAAAAAUCUUGGCCCACUCCAGUAGAAAAUGACCCUUGCUUAGCCCCUGAAUUUAUAUGCUUUAAUAUUUUAUUUUUCAAUAAUAUUAAACAAUUCGAUGCAAAGGUGAAAAGUUCUAAAGCACUACAUGUUCACAUCACUUGUUUGCAGUGUUUCACCAACGGAGCUACUCACACCCGAUUACAGCACUUUCGAUAACCCUGUAACACCGUCAUCGAUGUUUGCGUAUACAGAUACAGAUAACACCGCGACGAACGAUUACAGCCAUGGCGAUACCACGGCUAUUACGUCAUCGAGUGAUACCUUUACAGAAACCACAAGUACAGACCUUUUUACAACAGCAGACAGUGACAGUGACAGUACAGCUUUUUUGGUUGAGACAACCUCCGCCCUGAUCGACACAACCACUGCCCCGAUGGACACAACCUCCGCCCCGAUCGACACAACCACUGCCCCGAUGGACACAACCACCGCCCCGAGCGACACAACCAUCGCCCCGAUCGACACACACUUUACGCCUGCUAAAACACAAAGUCCCGCAAAGCCUAUAUUUACUACUAUCGUUCCCCACGUCAAUACUACAUCUACAACAGAACUGUUUAACACCACUAAUAUCACAACUGCGGGUGUUAGAAGUGAAGAUGACAGCAAUGCACACGUCAUUGUCGGAGCUGUGGUCGGCGGCGUAGCCGGAGCAGGUGCGGCCAUGGCGAUUGCGAUACUGGCGUUGCGAUACCGUCGACGCCGCGACCUCAACUCAAACGAUGAGUUCACUCCUGGCCUUAAAGAUGGCCCCGCACCAUCUUCUCAAAGACGGCCAAACACGUACAUCCUUUCGAUGUCGUCCAACGUGAGAAGUGAGACAGCGGCGUCGGCAGUGUACGCGAACGCGGCGGAGGCAAACGAGCUUAACACGCUCAGAGUGACCGAUGCGAAUGUCGAGGCGUGUCCAGACAACGACGCGAUUUACAAUAACACUAAACCCGCGUCUUCUAACGAGAACGAUGAUGUGUACAACAACACGCCUGGGCCUUCAGAGAAGAGAAGUUAUGAUUCAUCAAAAUAUGCUGGAGGGCCAGCGAGGUUAGAUAAUGAUGAAAUGUACAAUAAUACCGGCCGGGUCCUUGGCACGAAAGAAAACGAUGUAUUGAAUUACGCUGGUGGGAGUUUGAAUUCAGAAAACUGUGAUAUUUACAGUGGUGUGGCUUUCGAGGUGGACGAUGACGGGGUAUAUGAAAGGACUGACGGUCCUUUAGGCGAAGGAAGUGGUGUGUUAAUAACACUCGAUUCUCGAGGUUUGAAAGCGGAGAACGAUGCUGCACACGUAACUACCGGCACACAUUCAAACGUAGGUAAAGGAGGGUAUUCGGAGGCGCAAAAUGAAGGACUGUAUGAAAAGCCUGAUGGACCGAGAAGCGUAGAAUCUGAGGAUUUAUACGAAUCUUACGACGGAGCUCCCAUCACAGAGGAGGAUUUUAAUUUUAGUAGCGACGAAGUAAAACCGCACCAAGAUUCGCACAACGCACGCGAUACAGCACGGCUCAGCACGGACAGUUUGUACAUCAAUGCCCCGAAAGAACUUCCUCCCAUCUCUCUACGUGAUCGUGCCACUUCUCUUAUAACUGGCAAGAGUCCCGGACCCGCCUCGCCUCACAGCGGCUACUACAAAACCCCGAGAGAAGUGUGCGUCAUGAUGGGUGAGGUCCAGACCGAAGCGGACGACGCCGAUCUGGAGGACCACGAGUACGUGAACAUAAAAUCGGUUAAAACGUUGAGGGACGACAAAACAACGGUGGCUGAGGAUGACGUCCUCGCUUCAGCGGAUGGUAAUUACGAGUCGGCGAAUGAUGCUGGUCUGGGCGCUAUUUACAACAACACGGCGCCAACAAAGAGAUAACGCUUUGCAUGAGACAGCGAACGUACGUAACGCGCGGAGAUUCCGUUCGAAAGAAUUACCCCUCUCUCUCUCUCUCUAUCUCUCUCUCUCUAUCACAGCGAUGUGCCAGUUCGUCAUUGCGGUAAUGACAACCUGAUAGACUGACAAGUUACAAGACACGCGGGCAUGAAGUCAAGACGUCAGAAUUGCACGCUUGAAGAAACUUGGCGACACAUGUGUAUGGUGAAAAGAUUAGUGUAUAACGGCGCCUUCUCAGAAUUCAACUUCAUUAACUCAAAUCUUUCUCUUGUCUUAAAAAGAGUUAUUAAGGAAGUGUUUAAAUUAAAAUAGUAUAAUGUUUAUAUCAGAAAGAAUCAUCCUGUUAAACAAUCAAUUUUCCAAAUAAAAAAAAUUGGAAUUCAUGAACGUGAUUAAGCAUGUUCUAGUGUUUAAGGUAAACGCAUUUUCCAUUCGGUGUUGCAAUGUGUCAAUGAUUGAAAUAUGACUCGAGAGAUGCUCGUGUUAUGAGAGUAUCGACAUUUGUAAUACUAAAAAAAUAAUACCAAUUCUCAGUCUACACUUAUUAGAAAAGAAACAAGAGGAAGUAUAGCUGUCUUAUACAAAUACACGUUAUUUCCCUUCGAAUUACACCUGUCACAUAAAAAUAAACGUUAUUUCACGUCGAAUUACAUCUGUCACAUAAAAAUACACGUUUUAUUACAUUGAAUUACAUCUGUCACAUACAAAUAAACAUUCUUUUAUAUCAAAUUUUAGCUGUCACAUACAAUAAUACGUUCCUGCACGUAGAAUUACAACUGUCAAAUACAAAUACAGAUUAUUUUCAUAUCGAAUCGUAGCUGUCAAAUUCAAAUACACGUUCUUUGAUAUCAAAUUACAAAUUUAGCAGUUAUAUAACAAAUGACGCGCUUGUAUACUAUCAGCACCCUCAUACACUGACUAUUAUGUAACAGAAUGUGCUGACUUUGAGCCUUGGUAAAAGUGGCCCUAAGUUUCCGCGCCAGCACUGUCUGCGUAGCGAAAUAAGGUCUUUCAAUGCGUCUUACUUAAUCUAAUGGGUUCGCAUGGCUAGGUCGAAUGUGGAGAAGCA